AUGCUUGAUAGAACAUUAACUUUUGAAAAAGCUCCCAAUUCGUACUACGGCGGCAACGAGUUUAUCGACAAAGCAGAGAGACUCUGCCAGCAACGGGCCUUGCAAAGCUUCAGGCUCGAUCCCAAAGAGUGGGGUGUGAACGUCCAGUCGCUCAGUGGCUCCCCUGCCAACUUUCAGGUCUUCACAGCUCUUUGCGAUGUGCACGAUCGCAUCAUGGGCCUGGACUUGCCGCAUGGUGGUCACCUGUCCCACGGCUAUCAGACAGACACCAAGAAGAUUUCCAUGGUGUCAAAGUAUUUCGAGUCCAUCCCGUACCGCCUGAACGAAGAGACCGGCGUCAUUGACUACGAUGAGUGCGAAAAGUUUGCUUUGCGCAUCCGCCCAAAGAUCCUUAUCGCAGGCACCAGUGCCUACUCGAGGCUGAUUGACUAUGGCCGCAUGCGCCAGAUUGCAGACAAGUGUGGAGCGUACCUCUUGGCCGACAUGGCCCACAUCUCUGGCCUUGUGGCGGGGGCUGCCAUCCCAUCGCCGUUUGAGUAUGCGGAUGUUGUCACCACCACAACACACAAGUCUCUGCGCGGACCUCGUGGAGCUAUGAUCUUCUACCGCAAGGGCCAGCGUGGUGUGGACAAGAAAGGCAACCCCAUCAUGUACGACUUAGAGGAUCGUAUCAAUGCAGCGGUCUUUCCUGGUCUUCAGGGUGGUCCUCACAACCAGAGCAUCACGUCACUGGCUGUGGCACUGAAGCAGGCUGCGGAGCCCGAAUUCCAGACCUACAUCCAGCAAGUCAUGAAGAACUCCAAGGCUCUGGGUGAAUCCCUCCAGCGCUGCAACUUCAACUUGGUCUCUGGUGGCACGGACAAUCACCUGGUGCUCAUCGACCUCCGGUCCAAGGGUGUCAACGGCUCCAAGGCAGAGGCUGUUUGCGAGAUGGCCUCCAUCGUCUUGAACAAGAACACGAUCCCUGGGGACAAGAGCGCCAUGAAUCCUAAUGGCUUGCGCGUUGGUGCGCCGGCUAUGACCUCGAGAGGACUAAUGGAGGAUGACUUCGUGAAGAUUGGCGAGUUCAUCGGUGGGGCCGUGGAUGUGGCAGCUGAAGUGCAGAAGCAGAGCGGCCCGAAGCUUGUGGACUUCAAGCGAGUGCUCGCGGAGAGUCCGCCCGGAAAGCUCUUGGAGCUGAAGGGUCAGGUGGAGGACUUCGCCAGUGCCUUUCCCACGGUGGGCUUCUAA